CCGGCGCGGGAGGCAGCGGAGCUGCGCUGCGGCGGGGGGAGCCUGGCCGGCCGGCCGGCUACCGGGAGUUUGUUGCAACUUCUUCGCCGCCUUGCCCCCGCGGUUGGGUAUUCGGGAGAGACACGGGACACGCAGUGCUGGGGGAAGGGAGACGCUGCCCUGGCGGUGUCCCGGCUGCCGCUGCCCGGUGGCUCCGACGCUCCCCGCGGAGCUUAGGUUGCCAGCCGGAGAGGUCGGCUGCGGCCACCUGGGUCCCGCGGGGCGGCUCGGCUUGGUCCAGGGGGAGCGCUCUGGUUGGGGGCCUCUCGCCGCGCACCCCUCAGCACUUUCAGACCAUGUUAAAGACUAAGUUGAAUGUCCUAACUCUUCGGAAGGAGCCUCUCCCGACAGUGAUCUUCCACGAACCUGAAGCCAUUGAGCUGUGCACCACAACGCCGCACUCCAAGACCCGGACUCACGCUGGAUGCAAGGUUACCUACUUGGGUAAGAUUUCCACAACAGGGAUGCAGUUUUUGUCAGGCUGCACGGAGAAACCAGUCAUCGAGUUGUGGAAGAAGCACACGCUGGCCAGGGAGGGUGUGUACCCAGCCAACGCCCUGCUGGAGAUCCGCCCUUUCCAAGUCUGGCUGCACCACCUGGACCUCAAAGGCGAGGCCACAGUGCACAUGGAUACCUUCCAGGUAGCACGGAUAGCCUACUGCACUGCUGACCACAACGUCAGCCCAAACAUCUUCGCUUGGGUCUAUCGGGAGAUCAACGACGACCUGUCCUACCAGAUGGACUGCCACGCUGUCGAGUGUGAGAGCAAGCUGGAGGCCAAGAAGCUGGCCCACGCCAUGAUGGAGGCCUUUAGGAAGACUUUUCACAGCAUGAAAAGCGACGGGCGGAUCCGCAGGAGCAGCUCGGCCCAGGAGGUGUCGCACGGGUUUGAGUCUGACGACGGCUGAGCGAACUCGGUCGUGGUUCAGCAAGGGCAGGAGCAGCCUGGGGAACGUGAGCUGAUAGAUGAAUAAGCACCAACUGGAAGCGGGGAACCGAAGGACUGCCGAACACUUGUCUGACCAGCGUUUUAAGGCUAAAGAGGACUCCAGCACCUACAGCUAGCCAGCAUUACAGCCAUUAUAGUCCAGUGAAAUCAGCUGCUGUUACAAAAGUCAGAAAAAAGCUCCCUCCUCUCCCUCACCCACCCAUCACGGGCUCUCUUGUCACUGUAGUUCAGGUAAAUACCACCAACGAGAGCCAUUCCCCUUUGUCUUAGAAGCUCGGUCAGGUUUCUGAAUUGCUCCUCUGGCAUUCCUAGCUAGGAGCUGAUGCACAAGAGUGAGUAGAUCCAGAAAGCCCUAAUGGUCCCUGAAGGAUCUUUUUCCAGGAAGCAUCACAAAAAUCCUUUGACCAUCCGUAGGCUGGGAGAGCCAUUCAUAAGCCUUUUAGACUAAUGGCCUGGCAUUCUGCAGUUAAUUUACAUGUCACAGGUAGAAAAGCAAAGCAGUUGCUUGUAUGUACACAUUAUAUAAUAUGCUAGCCUUUCUUUUAUUCAUUGUACCCAUUUCCUUAGCACACCUCCUGCCACGGCUGUCACCCAACACCACUAGUUGCCGUUUCAGACUAUCUACUGCAGGAUACCAAAAAGGGGUAGGCAAAAGUACUCCUCAGGUACGGGCUAGAGGCAGGGGAAGCCAAUCUGUGCGUUUCCGACCCUGCAGGAGUGGACCCACAGGUGAGAGUGGAGGGACACUUGGGUCUGUCAGUGUUUGAACUGUGACUUCGCAUCCACCUCAGGUCUGCAGUGACAGGAGCACAGUAGCCUCCACUCCCCAUCUCCACACUGCCGGUCUGGUGGCCCUGAUGGGAUGGAGCUGGUGGUGCCUGGUGGCACGGCCAGGGCUGCGCAACUAUAAGGAUCAAAGGAAACAGGUCCUUAGGAGGCAGGUUUGAGUGUCUGUUCUGGUUGAGAAGCUCACAGCAGGAGUCCUGUAUCUUUCCUCGUUGGCAGGUACACAGAGUCAUGCCUUCCUUCCUUAAAUGCAGAUGUUUAAUAAAACUCAAGUAAAAGGAAAAA